UUGAAUAUAUGGGUUAAUGAUGGAUAGAUAUCAAUUAACCUUAUUUUUAAAAUAGUCCCAUCCUUUUUUAAUUUGGUUUAUGUUAAAAAUCCGACACCGUGUUGGCAACACUACACUACACUGCCAUUGUCUGAUUUCUCUGGUUCCUUUGCUAAUCAAAGAAAAAUUGAUUCUUUGAUACCCCUUCAAUUUCUUUUUUAAUGGAGGACGGCAAAAUAUCCCAAUCUAAUGAUUAUCAAAAAGAUAACGAUGAGAAACAUCCGAAGAAAAAAGGUAAAAAUAAGAAAAAGCGAAGCGGUGGUGAUGGCGACCAUGGUGUGUCGGGACCAUCGGACGUAUUGGUUCCCAAUUCAGGUGAUGUUCAUCAAAAUAUAUCGUUAAAAGAUUUAAAGAUGGCUAUGGAGGUUUUAAAUCUUCAACAGAAGCCUGCCAAAACGACUGAAGAAGCUUUACACAAGUCAUAUCAGUUUUGGUCUACUCAGCCAGUCCCAAAAAUGGAUGAGAAGAUUGUUUCUAAUGAACCUAUCGAACCUCCAAAAUCCCCGGAAGACAUUAGAGGAGAACCAUAUACUUUACCCGAUGGUUUCCAAUGGGAUACACUAAAUUUGAAUGAACCUCUAGUGUUGAAGGAAUUAUAUACUUUGCUUAAUGAGAAUUAUGUUGAAGAUGAUGAUUGCAUGUUUCGAUUUGACUAUCAAACUGACUUCUUAAAAUGGGCUCUUCAACCACCAGGAUGGAAAAUGGAAUGGCAUUGUGGGGUUCGUGUAGUAAAAUCAGGGAGAUUGGUUGGAUUUAUAUCUGCUACACCAGCUGAAUUAAGAAUAUAUGAUCAUGUGCAAGUAGUUGUGGAAAUCAACUUUUUAUGUGUGCACAAAAAGCUACGCUCGAAAAGGGUAGCACCUGUUCUCAUUAGAGAAAUUACACGUAGAGUUAAUUUGACUGGCAUAUUUCAAGGUGUUUACACUGCUGGCAUUGUAUUGCCUAAACCAAUAGCAACAUGUCGUUAUUGGCACAGGUCACUUAAUCCAAAGAAACUAAUUGAUAUAAAAUUCAGUCAUUUAUCAAGAAAUAUGACUAUGCAAAGAACGCUUAAAUUGUUUAAACUUCCAGAUUUACCUAAAACUCCUGGUUUCCGUAAAAUGGAAACUCAAGAUUGUGAUAAAGUUGUGACAUUAUUGAAUGAUUACUUAAAAAAGUUUGAUUUGGCUCCUAUAUUCUCAGAAGAUGAUUUCAAACAUUGGUUUAUUCCCCAGGUGGGCAUUAUUGAUAGCUUUGUUGUUGAAGCUUCGGAUGGCACUAUAACAGACUUUGUGAGUUAUUACACAUUGCCAUCUACUGUUGUUUAUCAUCCAACUCACAAGACGUUGAAAGCAGCAUAUUCAUUUUAUAAUGUGUCUACUAAGACACCAUGGAUAGAAUUAAUGCUUGAUGCAUUAAUAACAGCAAAAAAUUCCGGUUUUGAUGUUUUCAAUGCAUUAGAUUUGAUGGAUAACAAAGAAUUCUUAGAACCAUUAAAAUUUGGUAUUGGUGAUGGUAAUUUGCAGUACUAUUUAUAUAACUGGAGGUGCCCUACUAUGACUCCAAAUAAAAUCGGUUUAGUUUUACAAUAGCAGUACCUAUGUGUUUUUGUAAAUUGUAGCCAGCUAUCUUUUCUUUACACUACUUUGUAUAAAGUAUUUUUAUUGAUUGGAAAUAAUAGAUAAAGCAUGUAGCAAUGGUUUUAAACCUCACUGUACUAAUGUGAAAUAGGUACUAUGUAUAUUAUUAAUACACUUGAUAAUAUUUAUAA